AUGGGUACUCCGUCAGACGAUGGCAAGGCGGCGCCAGCCCGUGAUCCUGUCGAGACUCAAAGCAUUUCCACCGGCAGUGAUGAAGACGUCAUUCCCAAGGGUGCGCUCGAUCCUGUAUACGAGGCAAAGGCCAAAGUCCUGAACCGUGCUAUUCAAGACAUUGGCAUGGGAUGGUAUCAAUGGCAGCUCUUCGCCGUUGUCGGAUUUGGCUGGGCUUCCGAUAAUCUUUGGCCAAUUGUCACAUCUCUCAUCUUCACGCCCGUCAACAACGAGUUUACCCCCCACCGCGCACCGCUCUUAACUCUUGCUCAGAACAUUGGUCUUUUGGCUGGUGCUGUCUUCUGGGGCUUUGGGUGCGACAUCUUCGGUCGGAAAAUCGCCUUCAACUUUACCCUCGGCUUGACAGCCCUCUGGGGAAUGGUGGCUGCUGGAGCUCCCAACUUUGCUGCCAUUGGUAUCUUUGACUGCUUCUGGUCCUUUGGUGUUGGUGGCAAUCUCCCCGUCGACUCGGCCAUCUUUCUUGAAUUUUUGCCCGCGACUCACCAGUACCUUUUGACUAUCCUGUCUAUCGACUGGGCCAUUGCUCAAGUCGUUGCCACUUUGAUUGCUUGGCCUCUCCUGGGCAACUUGACUUGUGCUCAGGACGAGAAGCCAUGUCUUAAGCAGAACAAUAUGGGUUGGCGAUACCUUCUGAUUACUAUGGGUGGAAUCACGCUUCUCAUGUUCUUGGCUAGAUUCUUGGCUUUCUCCCUUUACGAGUCGCCCAAGUACCUCAUGGGCAAGGGCCUGGAUGAAGAGGCUGUCCGAGUUGUUCAUGAGGUUGCCAAACGCAAUGGCAAGACGAGCUCACUGACAAUCGAAGAACUAAAGGCUUGCGAACCCGAAGGCUACGUGUUCCAGGCAGAUAUCUCUACCGCUGUCAAGAGGCACUUGGUUGAACAGAUUGACACCAAGCAUAUCAAAGCUUUGUUCUCAAAUUUCAAGCUUGGCCUGUCGACUAGUCUCAUCUCUGCUAUUUGGGCUCUAAUUGGCCUCGGCUUCCCCCUUUACAACGCUUUUCUGCCGUUUAUUCAGGCAAACAAGGGUGUCGAUUUUGGCGAUGGAAGCACUUAUCUCACAUACCGCAAUAGUCUGAUCAUUGCUGUGCUCGGUGUUCCCGGAGCUCUGAUUGGAGGUUUACUUGUCGAGCUCCCUCGGGUUGGCCGCAAGGGAACACUCGCUCUUUCUUCCGCUCUGACAGGUGUCUUCCUGUACUGUAGCACGACUGCCAAGAGCAGCGAAUCGCUUCUCGGCUGGAACUGCGCCUACAACUUCUGCAGCAAUGUCAUGUAUGCUGUGUUGUAUGGAUACACCCCUGAGAUCUUUCCAACUCCCCAGCGUGGUACCGGCAACGCCAUCGCUGCUACUGCUAACCGAAUUUUCGGCAUUAUGGCUCCUAUUAUCGCCAUGUUUGCCAACCUCGAGACGUCCGCGCCAGUCUAUACCAGCGGUGCUUUGUUUAUUGCCGCCGGCGUUCUUACCCUUUUCCUGCCGUUCGAAUCACGCGGAAAGGCAGCGCUUUAA